AUGAAUAAGCAGGAUUACAUAAAAGAAAGUAAUGACCUAGUCUCACUUCAAGGUCAGAUUCAUGACUGUGACAACAUGUUAUCACAAAUGGAAACUCUCAUCAGUGGAUUUCAGAAAGAGUUUGGUGCUAUAAGUUCAGGCAUCCAAAUUCUACAAGAAACAUCAAUGGACAUGGGUUUGAGAGUGAAAAAUCGAAGGGUGGUUGAAUCAAAGCUAGCAAAAUUUGUUGAAGAAAUUAUAGUGCCACCAAAGAUGAUAGAUGUAAUUGUUGAUGGAGAGGUCGAUGAAGAGUAUAUGAGAUGGCUUGAAACUCUGAGUAAGAAGCUGAAAUUUGUAGAAACAGAUCCUGCGGCUAAAAGUUCCAAAGCAUUAGAGGAUGUAGAGCCUGAGCUUCAAAAGCUACGGCAAAAAGCUAUUUCCAAGGUUUAUGAUUUUUUUGUCCAGAAGCUUAUAGCCCUGAGGAAACCCAAAACAAACAUCAAGAUUCUUCAGCAGAGUGUGUUGUUAAAGUACAAGUAUAUUAUAUCCUUUCUCAAAGAACAUGGAAAAGAAGUGUUUAUGGAUGUUCGUGCUGCAUACAUUGAUACCAUGAACAAGGUGUUAAGUGCACAUUUUCGUGCCUAUAUUCAAGAACUUGAGAAACUACAAUUAGAUAUAGCAACAUCAUAUGACUUGAUUGGUAUGGAGACUAGAAGCACAGGUCUCUUCUCAAGAGCUAGUGAGCCACUUAAAAACCGUUGUUCCCUCUUUUCUUUGGGUGAGAGGAUAAAAAUUGUAAAGGAAGUUGAUCAACCUGCAUUGAUACCGCACAUAGCCGAAUCAAGCUCUCUCAAAUAUCCUUAUGAAGUGCUCUUUAGGAGCUUGCACAAGCUUCUUAUGGAUACAGCUACUUCUGAGUUCUGA